AUGGAUAAAAUAUCGAUUUGGGCGGUUAAGAACAGUUGUUUACACUAUACAUAGUGUUACAGGGCUAAAAAGGGGCUAACAAAUAGCCACCUAAACCGCGACCCAUCUCUAAACUCUCUCCCUACGUCGUUGUUUGCCAUCAUCGUUACAGGUUCUCGUCAGUUCGAUUAAAAUCGAAGGAAAUUUUGGUUCGCUGAUAUACUAUCUCGACAAUCAAGUUUCAUGUCUGAACUUGACAUUCAGAUUCCUACUGCUUUUGAUCCCUUUGCUGAGGCAAAUGCUGAAAACUCAGGUGCUGGGACAAAGGAGUAUGUCCAUGUGCGUACACAGCAGCGCAAUGGGAGGAAAAGCUUGACAACUGUGCAAGGUUUGAAGAAGGAAUUCAGUUAUAAUAAGAUACUCAAGGACCUUAAGAAAGAGUUCUGCUGUAAUGGUACUGUUGUCCAGGACCCUGAGUUAGGCCAGGUCAUUCAACUUCAGGGUGAUCAAAGGAAGAAUGUCUCCACUUUCCUUGUGCAGGCUGGCAUUGUGAAGAAGGAACAUAUCAAGAUUCAUGGUUUUUAAGGGGCAGAGGCUAGUCCCAUAUGCUGUGAUUUCACAUCGUCAACUCUGUGUUAGCGAAUAGAAUAGUAUCUCAGCAAAAUAUAUUUAGCUGUUAUAUGUUUGUUAAACCGGCUCGAUCUCAUCUCUGUGUCAAUUUGCUAUUUCUGCUGCUUGCUGUGUAGUUUUGAAGGAUUAUGUGUUAUUAUUCUAAACCCAUCUUUGUCAAGAAUGAUAUUUCGUGUUUGAACAGAAGGAAAAUAAAUCUGUUUGUUUAUAA